AUGAAAGUCGUCAUCAAGUACGCCAGAAGGUUGGGCGCCGCCCACAGGAAGAAAAGGGCCCGGCAGAGAUCUAAAUACAUCCAUGCCGUUCCUAAAGUGGCAGAGAAGCCAUCGUGGGAUCACGCUGAAGUGGUUUCCUCACCUCCCCCAUCGCAUACCCUUGAUAAGGCAGAAGAGGCACGCUUGGAGCACCGUGACAACCUCAGCAAGCCAGCAUCAGGAGACCCUCCUCUGUACAUGGAGUGUGUGGGCGAAGACGUGAGCAAAGAGAAAAGCGCCUCUCCAACACCGUCAGUCCAGGUGACCACGGUCGAGGUGGCCGAGACAACCGAGGGCAGGCCCCGGGAGUUGUUGUAUCGGUCGCAGUUCAACGAGCUCAAGGAACGAGGACGUCGGCCAGGAGACACAGGGAUGCCCUGGCGCAAAGUCACCAGGGUGGCUCCCGACUGUACCGACUACAGAGCAGUGUACCAUAAGCAGGCAGUUGCCGAAGUGUGGGUGGAGCUUUUCUACAUUGUGAAGGUUGCAACCUAUGCUAUUCUUGCAUGGCUCUUUGUGUGUGGGAUGAUUCCUCCGCUCAAGUAA